CACAGUGUAAGACCGUCAAACUAUAACAAGAAAGUAAGAAAGGAAAACAAAAACAACUUUGCGAAAGGAAGCAAGUAACAAAAAAAACCUAAUGCGAGGGCAGAAGAUAUAACAGGGCAAAAUUGAAGCAACAAGCAGAGCAUCUACAAGCGGAGAAACGAAGCAAACCGGCGACAAUACGCAACGCCACAACACCUAGCAGCUUGAUGCUAUUUCCGUCAAGCCGGGCCUCAAGCUCCACUAAGGGAGGGGGAGAUGUAACGGCCCUAAAAACGAUAUCAACGGGAAGCCCCACCAGCCGUUACCGAGAGCCAUCUACGCACGAGACAAUAUUCGACGAUCGGGUGCAUCAUAAACGUCGGGAUUUUACCCGAACUCAACGGACGUUCAGGACCAGCAGAGACGCCGUACCUGCAGCGACGAUCCUGGAUGGAACAACAUCAUCGAUCCUGCGUAUCCUAAACGGCAGGGGUUUUACCCGAACUCAACGGACGUUCAUCACCAUCAGCGACGCCGUACCUACAGCGACGAUCCUGGAUGGAACAACAUCAUCGAUCCUGCGUAUCCUAAACGGCAGGGUUUUACCCGAACUCAACGGACGUUCAUCACCAUCAGCGACGCCGUACCUACAGCGACGAUCCUGGGUGGAACAACAUCGGCGAGAGGUAGGAUCGACCACGGCGAACGGGAGCCACGGAAAGGACACGAGUGAGGACCGACAAGGACAGGCGAUGACGAAUGUGGAAAAUAGUAUAAAAAUAGUUAGAAUAAGAAUAAACGAGGCCAGUCUCUCUAUGAAGCUCAGUCAGUUGAGUCGGGCAGUCCCUCUGUGAAGAUCAGUCAGUUGAGUCGGCCAGUCCCUUUGGGAAGCUCAGUCAGUCCAGUUCAGUUAGUUGGCUCAGUUUUGAAACUAGAUUUCCAGUGUCAACUUCGUCAUUCUUUUAAAGCAUUAUUGGUGACAGCGGUUCUGCCCCGCCAAAUUUCCCUUACAACGUGCUGACAGCGGUGGGAUUUUAUAUGAA